GUCGCCCAGGCUGGAGUGCAAUGGUGCACAAUCUCAGCUCACUGCAAGCUCUUCCUCCCGGGUUCAAGCGAUUCUUCUGCGUCAGCCUCCUGAGUAGCUGGGAAGACAGGCGCAUGCCACCACACCCGGCUUAUUUUGUAUCUUUUAAUAGAGAUGGGGUUUCUCCAUGUUGGUCAGGCUGGUCUCGAUCUCCUGACCUUGUGAUCCACCCGCCUCUGCCUCUCAAAGUGCUGGGAUUACAGGCGUGAACCACUGUGCCCGGCCCAAAGAAGCAUUUUUAAACUCUUCUCAAGUGAGCUCUUUAGCAUUUUGUGUCCCACUCCCCUUCUACUCAGCCACUCCCUGCUGUGGGGUCAUCUCUGUGUCACAGUGUCACUGUCAGGUGUGGGGUCCCUAAACAGGGGAUAGGAUAGUAGGAGAAGGAGAAGCCCACAGAGGAGGCAGGAGAAGAACCAGGAAGUAGCGUGUCCUUGAGGUGGGAGCUGGGAGCAGCAGGGACCCUCGUGAGGGAAAGCUAACAGCCAGGGAGAGGAUCAGUCUCUUGCUGGACCCUGGCAGCUUUGUUGAGAGCGACAUGUUUGUGGAACACAGAUGUGCAGAUUUUGGAAUGGCUGCUGAUAAGAAUAAGUUUCCUGGAGACAGCGUGGUCACUGGACGAGGCCGAAUCAAUGGAAGAUUGGUUUAUGUCUUCAGUCAGGAUUUUACAGUUUUUGGAGGCAGUCUGUCAGGAGCACAUGCCCAAAAGAUCUGCAAAAUCAUGGACCAGGCCAUAACGGUGGGGGCUCCAGUGAUUGGGCUGAAUGACUCUGGGGGAGCACGGAUCCAAGAGGGAGUGGAGUCUUUGGCUGGCUAUGCAGACAUCUUUCUGAGGAAUGUUACGGCAUCCGGAGUCAUCCCUCAGAUUUCUCUGAUCAUGGGCCCAUGUGCUGGUGGGGCCGUCUACUCCCCAGCCCUAACAGACUUCACGUUCAUGGUAAAGGACACCUCCUACCUGUUCAUCACUGGCCCUGAUGUUGUGAAGUCUGUCACCAAUGAGGAUGUUACCCAGGAGGAGCUCGGUGGUGCCAAGACCCACACCACCAUGUCAGGUGUGGCCCACAGAGCUUUUGAAAAUGAUGUUGAUGCCUUGUGUAAUCUCCGGGAUUUCUUCAACUACCUGCCCCUGAGCAGUCAGGACCCGGCUCCCAUCCGUGAGUGCCAUGAUCCCAGUGACCGUCUGGUUCCUGAACUUGACACAAUUGUCCCUUUGGAAUCAACCAAAGCCUACAACAUGGUGGACAUCAUACACUCUGUUGUUGAUGAGCGUGAAUUUUUUGAGAUCAUGCCCAAUUAUGCCAAGAACAUCAUUGUUGGUUUUGCAAGAAUGAAUGGGAGGACUGUUGGAAUUGUUGGCAACCAACCUAAGGUGGCCUCAGGAUGCUUGGAUAUUAAUUCAUCUGUGAAAGGGGCUCGUUUUGUCAGAUUCUGUGAUGCAUUCAAUAUUCCACUCAUCACUUUUGUUGAUGUCCCUGGCUUUCUACCUGGCACAGCACAGGAAUACGGGGGCAUCAUCCGGCAUGGUGCCAAGCUUCUCUACGCAUUUGCUGAGGCAACUGUACCCAAAGUCACAGUCAUCACCAGGAAGGCCUAUGGAGGUGCCUAUGAUGUCAUGAGCUCUAAGCACCUUUGUGGUGAUACCAACUAUGCCUGGCCCACCGCAGAGAUUGCAGUCAUGGGAGCAAAGGGCGCUGUGGAGAUCAUCUUCAAAGGGCAUGAGAAUGUGGAAGCUGCUCAGGCAGAGUACAUCGAGAAGUUUGCCAACCCUUUCCCUGCAGCAGUGCGAGGGUUUGUGGAUGACAUCAUCCAACCUUCUUCCACACGUGCCCGAAUCUGCUGUGACCUGGAUGUCUUGGCCAGCAAGAAGGUAAGAGUCCAAGAAGUGUUUCACCGGGUUGUGCAGUCUGGACACCGAGAUGGUAGAGGGGCUGUAAGAUGGUAGAGGAACCAGCUCAGGAGAGCCGCUGGGCUAGCAGCUUUACGGAAGCCUUGGAUGGUGGGGAAACUCCCGUACAGAAACUCAGCUGGUCAAAGAAACUCAAAGCCACAAGACCUUGGAAGCUUUGUCAAGUGGACCAGCCUCCAUGGACCACGGAAUACCUUGAGAGUAAUGACAGUUGAGUGUUCUUGGCUGUUGUGUGGGAAUGCCUUUCCCAGCUGGUGCCCUCACCUUAAAGGGAAAAAGAAAAUACACUGUAUUUUGUAAAUGGGAAAUACUUGGGUCCACUGAGCUGAUAGCUGACAAGUGUCUGUCUUUAAACUGAGAGCAGAUAAUAUGGUGAGCUGUGGUGUAGGAAGCACUGCUAGGGUCUUGCUGGUCCUGCCCCGCCUUGUGUUAAUCCAGUUCCUCCUGAGCUACACAGCUAACAAGUGGUGAAGCUGGGAUUUGAACUCAGAUGGGUUUGACCCCAGCCAAGCCUGUGUUCUGAUCAUUUCAAAGUACUGCCACUCAGCUGAUGAGGAAGGUGAGAUGGACUUCUAAGGGUUGGCCUAAGAGUAGGGGUGAGGGAGGUUGGUGGUCUGUUCCCUGGGCUUGUCUUAACCCAGAAAGCUACUACAUUUAGACAGCUUUCCUAUCUCCUGCAUGAUUCUCUUGCAAAGCAGUACCAACAGAUGGCCAGUCAUCUUUUUGAGUUGCUAGAGUAAUGGGGAGCACAUCCACAAUACACCCUUCUAACGCUUGUUAGAAAGUGCUUUUGUUGCAAAGUUCUUCUAGCUUCUUUUUUUGACCCUGUCUUGGUCUCCCCAGCCCAACUUUCUGCCUCUGGUUGCACUGAUACUUUGUCCUGGUGCUGGUGCUUAAGAUGUGGUCUGCUCAGCCAAAGAAGUCUGUGAAGGAUACUCACCCACAUGUGGAGUUGAUGAAUCAGCCCUCUUCACCUAUUCAACAGAUGUGACUGUUUUGUCGUCUUUCUGGUUCCAAAGGAUUUCUGGAGAGCUAUGACUUUACCCUUUUAGAACUAUUGGUCCUCAUACUCUGUGCACCUCUGAUGUCAGCAUGGGAUUUCUACAAUUCCAAGCAGGAGUUGCAGCCACUUGAUAGGCAGUGCCUCAGUCUGGGGCCUCUGUGGAAUCCAGCUGGCAUAUUCCAGCCAAUGUGGCAGCCUCAAUAGUUAAGUUUUGACCAUGUCCCUACUGUCCUGGGUGGUGAAAAUACUCCCUUUAUGUGUCCUUGGGAGCAGAAAGAUGCUCUUCAAAAAGUGGUGCCUGAUGGAGAUCUCCACAGAACAAGACACUCAGAAGGGCAGGGAUAGAAUCUUUACCUGAGGUUGGUCUAGUAUGAAAAGCCUAAGGCUGGGUGCAGUGGCCCAUGCCCUGUAAUCCCAGCACUUUGAGAGGCCAAGGCAGGUGGAUUGCUUGAGCUCAGGAGUUCAUGACCAGCAUGGGCAACAUGGUGAAAGCCUGUCUCUACUAAAAAUACAAAACUUAGCUGGGCGUGGUGGUGGGUGCCUGUAAUUCCAGCUACUUGAGAGCCUGAGGCAGGAGAAUCUCUUGAACCCCAGAGGCGGAGGUUGCUGUGAGCUGAGAUCACACCAUUGUACUCCAGCCUGGGUGACAGACCGAGACCCUGUCUUCACUUACCGCCCCCGCCCCCGCCCCCCCCCGCCCAAAAAAAAAAAAAAAAAGCCAAGCCUGAGUGGCAUCAAACCUUUGUUUCCCAUGAAAAUAGUAGUCCCUGCUUGAUGGACUGUUACCUGGGAACAGGGGCAAACAGGGAGUUACAGUCAAGCCACAAAUGGGAGAUUUGCAAGCCUGACCCAAGCCUGAAAGUGCUCAUCUAGUCUCAUACUCUUGUAACCAUCAAGAUGAGCUGUUACAGACCAUCCUUAAAUGACCUUCCUUCCUUGGCUGCCUGGAAAGCUUGCUUGCUGAUUUGUCUCCCACACCUUUGCCUUUUUUGCAUAGGCAUAUUAGGCCAUUUAAGGAACUCACCCCCUAUUGCCAGACCCAUGAAGUGUGUAGGGUAUGACUUCUUAAAGAAAGAGUGAGGAGGUCUAAUGCCAAGAGAAACUUUUUAAGACAGUCUGGCUCUGUUACCUAGAUUGGAGUGCAGUAGUGGUGCAAUCUUGGCUCACUGCAACAACCUCCACCUUGUGGGCUCAAGCCAUCCUCCUAUCUUAGCCUCACGAGUAGCUGGUGUGCGCCAUCAUACCCAGCUAAUUUUUGUAUUUGUUGUAGAGGAGUUUUACCAUGCUACCCAGGCUGGUCUCGAACUCUUGAGCUCAAGUGAUCCACUCACCUUGGCCUUCCAAAGUGCUGGGAUUACAGGCGUGAGCCACCAUGCCUGGCUGAAAACUUCAUUUCUGUAGCUGCACUGACUCUAUGUGGUCUUCAAAAGGGCACUGCCAGGGUGCAAUUACGCAUGUAAGCCCAGAGUCUCAAGCCGUGAGGACCCAUGCUACAGGCCAGUGGAUGGGUGUUCCCUGAAUGCCUCAUGCAAAACUCAGUUUGCAAGAGACUCCCUCUUAAACCACAGAUGACUUGGCCUACACACACUCCAGAGAAAUCUAAGGAAUGAAAGAAAGUGAGCUAUUCCUAAAUUCUGCUCUUAAAAAAAAUUAAAAAGCCAAAACAACAAAACCACCAACUCACUAAUAAGGUUAACUUGCUGCCAUUUAACAGAUUAUCAGAAAUUGCAAACUCUCUCAAGAGCCACAGGACAGAAAAUCAUCUCUUUAAAGCCAUACCUGGUAGAAACAAUAGAAAAUCAUCUCUUUAAAGCCAUACCUGGUAGAAACAAUAGGAUGACUACCACAAGCCUGAUUUUGAAUAGUUUAUUAAAGGAAAGGUGAAGCAUCAGUUUCAAAUUGUACAAAAGGAAAAAAAACCUCAUAUUGCAAAUGUACAAUUUACAGAAUUACUAGCAAAACCAAUCAAGGAGACACCGAAAAUACAAAAAUUUGAUUGACUUCAAACUGAACUGGAAACCCAUUGGAGUAGAUAUUUAGCCUUUUUGUGUGGCAUGGUAGUCUACAAUUCUGUCAGUCAGCAUCUGUUUUCCAUACAAGACUGUCAACGCAAAGGAUCAGUUUGUGCAUGUGCCAGGGCACCUCAUGGCUUGCUCCCUGGCCAAAACCACAGGCAGGCAGGGCUGGGGUGGACAGUCCAGUCAUUCCUGCACUUUCACUUCCAGUGAAGCCCACAAUUCUGGGAGAAAGUGAGGCCCCAGCUCCCCUAACUAACUGGAGCCCAAGAAUUGCUGAAUUAGCAGAGAAGAUAUUUUUGGUGACCAGGUUUUUUUCAGAACUGUACAAAUGUUGAGAAAAAUGUUUUGUGUCUUUACUAAAAGGAUGAAUAAAAUCAUCCAUCAUCAUCUUGCUUUCCUGCACAAAAGAUGAUCACUGGGUGUGCAGAAUUUUUAAAAAUGUUUUUCGUAUUUGAUAAAAAGGGAAAGCCUCAUGAUUCUGUUGCAGCUACUUUAAAAACCAGCCCAGAAACAGCUGUGGAUGAAUUGGUUUGGAAAUUCUGAGGCUUUAGAAAUCAGAAAGGAAGAGACUAAGUGGGGUUUUUAAAACAAUAGCAGCAAGUCAUAAAAGUCUAGGCAGAAUGUAACUCUAAACCAUUGUAGACUGUCCUGAAGAUUCAUAAUUUCUUUCCCCAAAAGAAUUAUUCUUAAUAUGCACAUUUAACACUGAAAUGUAGCUGUAAUUCAAGGUAAGCUUAGGAACUUCACCCUCUAAGCACAGACUUCUAUGCAGCACAUACUUCUAUAAUCAGUAAACUUAAUAAUUAAUUAAUUCACAAAAUUAGCGCAUAAGGGUAUUAAGUGCAUGGGAAGUAAACACAGUUAUGUUACACUUAAAAUUACUUUUGAAUGAUUGAUUGAUUGAUAAAGGAUUUCUUUCUUCAUUAUUAUCUUAAGAAAAUGGAAGUCUGUGUAACUUGAAUUUGGCAGGGCAUGAAAUAAGUGGUAAAAACAGCAAACUGAUAACUUGAGAAUCAUUUUCGUUUUACUGAGAAUACUUUAUUUGCUGGUAGAAGUUGCUAAAAAUGCACAGAACAAAUACCAAUAGAAAAUGCACUGUAUUUGAAUCUCCCUAGUCUAUAUAAAAUGAACGGUGUACAGCAUCUGUUGGAAAAAUGGCUGCAUGGACAUUUCUUAUUUUAUGCCCACUUAUAAAUAAAAAUAAACCUUUUAUUCAAGAGUAUAUAAAAUCUGGGAAUUCAUAUCCAUAUCCACAGAGGGUGUGUGGUUUUUGGCAGAGAUGCACUAUGUCAGAAUUUCAUCUUAGCUUGUCAAUGUUCUGCUCCUUCAUUAUUUGUGUUCCACAAAGGUCAUCCAAAUCCAGUGAACUCCAAAACACUCUUCGGCAAUUAGGAUGAGCUGCUUACUCAUAGGUUUAAUAAAAAUGGUUAGCUUUUAAAACAUAAAAAGGCAAAAUGUUAAAACGGUUUUUAAAUUGUACAACAGGAAAAUAAAGUUAAAAAUAUUUUUUUUUUUUACUCAA